GCUGCGCGCACGCAGUUUCAUUGUGGUGCUGACUGGUGUCGUGUGCUAAAGUGUUUGGCACUCCGUGUUCUGCUGUAUACCGCGUGCGUUUCACGGCGCGUACAAAUACAACAAACGCGCAUCAACGUGGUCGGUAUUUUUGUGUUUCUUGUUUUUUUGUAUCUGAUUUUCAUUCAGUGUGGGUCGAAAUACUCUAUAGAGUUGCAGUUAAGUUCAGAGUGAAGAGAGAAAAAAUUAAAAAUUAAGAAAAAUGGCUGUGGAUUACGUUCUCGAAGAUUUGAUGGCCAAACUUGGCGAAUUUGGACGUUACCAGGCCAUACAAUUCCUCCUGCAAGUCUUUUCUGGCUUAACGGCUGGUCUGCAUAUGCUCUCGUUGGUCACAGUUGCUGCCGUGCCAGAACAUCGUUGCUUCAUUGAGGGCGUCGACAACAGCAGCUACUCGUUCACACCCUGGAACUCCUCCGAUAUACUUGCUGCCAUACCAUUGAAGGCCAGCGGCGAAUUAGACAACUGUCACAUGUACGAUGCACAAAAUAACACAGUCGCCUGCACUUCGUAUGUUUACGAUCGCACUUACUAUCACGACUCACGUGCGAUUGAUUGGAACUUCGUCUGCGAUCGCCGAUGGCUCGGUUCUGUUGUGCAGACGGUUUUCAUGUUGGGUGUAUUUACCGGUGCUGUAACUUUGGGCGGUCUGGCGGAUAAGAUCGGACGUAAGACGGUAUUCUGCUGGUCGGCGCUGCUGCAGUUGAUAAUAGGCGUUGCCGUAGCCUUCAUACCAGAGUAUUUCUCCUUUAUGGCAGCGCGUUUCUUUUUGGGCAUUUUCGGCUCAGCUGGUGCCUAUAUUUGUGGCUUCGUGCUGACUAUGGAGUUGGUGGGCGCUAGUAAACGCACUGUGUGUGGCAUCACAUUCCAGGCCGUCUUCGCUGGUGGCAUUAUGUUAGUAGCCGGUUGGGGUGCACUCAUCAAGGAUCGUCAGCUGUUGCAAAUCGUUUACGGCCUGCAUGGCCUGCUGUUCGUUGGUCAUUGGUGGUGGUUGGACGAAUCACCACGUUGGCUAUGGAUGCAGGGGCGCACCGAAGAGGCAGUCGACAUUGUGAUCAAGGGCCUGCGCAUUAAUGACUCAGGCAUAUCGGUGGACAAGAAUUAUUACAUACAAAAAGCCAAGCAGCAAGCUACAAUUGAGGAGAAAAGUUCCGGCGGUUUGGGUGGUCUCUUCCGAACACCCAAUCUGCGCAUGAAGACACUGAAUGUGUGUCUCUGUUGGUUUGCCAACUCGCUCGUCUACUAUGGGCUCUCACUCAGCGCCGGCAAGUUGUACGGCAAUCCCUUUCUGAUACUCUUCAUUAUGGGCCUCGUGGAAUUCCCCAGUUAUUUUAUCAUUGUGCUCGUGCUGGAUCGACUCGGCCGUCGUCCCAUCACCAGCACACUUAUGCUUGCUGGUGGCACUUGCUGCAUCGUGGCGUCGUACAUUGCCCAAGGAAGUACCACCUCUACGGCCAUCGUCAUGAUAGGCAAACUCUUCAUAGCCGGUUCCUUUGCCGUCAUUUACAACUACUCGGCCGAGUUGUUCCCAACAGUUGUACGCAAUUCGGCAAUGGGUCUAGGUUCUAUGUGCGCACGUUUCUCCGGCGCACUCACGCCACUCAUUACGUUGCUCGAUUCCUUUGAUCCGAAAAUACCAGCGGUGGUGUUCGGUAUUAUCGCACUUCUGUCUGGUUUUUGGGUGAUGUUCUUGCCGGAGACAAUGAACAAACCUAUGCCCGAGUCGUUGGAUGAUGGCGAAAACUUCGGCAAAGGUGAUACCUGGUUCGCGCAAUGUGCGGGCCGUAAGCCCAGAAAAGACAGUAUUUACCCAGAAGACCCCGAACAGAUGAUGCCUUUGAAGGUGAUGGGGACAAAGUGAUUUGGCACUUGAGAAUGCCGCCAUGCCGAUCGUACACAAGCGAGCAAAGUACGCAACUGGGAUACCAAGUUAAAUUUGUUGAUACUCUGAAUGUUUGUUGUUUUUUUCUUUUGUAUAUUGCUUUAUAUAUAUUUCGAUAAGUAGUAAAUUGUUUUUAAAUUGUUGCCUGGGCUUAGUGUUAUACGCCAUUUUAUAGUAAUAUAGAAGUGAAGCUACAAAUUAAGGGGUUAGGGGUAGUCAGAGGCCCGAAAAAAUGAUGAUUUUCACGAAUUUUUUUUUGCUACUUAAUUAAUUUAUUUAACAAAAAUAAAAACA